UCUUCCGGGUGUCUUUGACAGGGUUUUCUACGCCGCUUUUUCGGCGACUUUUUGCUCUUCCGCUUUUUGCCACCGCCCCCAACCUUCUAUAUCCUUGCAGCCCCUACCUUUUCUUGUGUUGCUCCUCCCCUGGCAGCCCUGCGAGGGGUUAGCAGCCGGAGCCGGAGCUGGGCCUAGCUGUCGCACGGGCCACCACUACCUCCUUUGGUUCGGGAGAAAGCUACGACGGAGUACGCCCAGCCGUCCCCGCUCGGGCCUUGGAACUUCUGAGCGGGCAGUGCGGGUAGACCCUGCUUAGCCCUUCCCGGAGGACACUUGUGAGUUUAGGGGGUUUCGGAGAGGAACGCAGCGGUGUAGGCCCAGGUCGGGGGCGGGGCACGGGAAACUUUUCCGAAACGGUAGCGUUUUGUUUUGCGUGGGAGGUUCCGGCAGUAUCUCUUGGUUAUUCCAAAUUUAUGGGCGGCAUCUGGGCUGCUGUACGUUUUGAAGAAUCUUAGGACCGCUUACUUUGCUUACUCGUUUUCUCUUCCUCGUGUACUGCCUCGUGCACCACUCCAGGACCAAAAGAGGAAGAUAGUCUUGGGACUCCUGCAUGGUGUUUCAAAGGGUGGUGAAGAACUAAGGUAGAAGAAUACAUGCUCACUUCCAGUGAACAAGAGCAUGUUCCCAAACUCAAUUUUGGGUCGCCCACCCUUCACUCCAAAUCAUCAACAACAUAAUAACUUCUUUACCCUGUCACCUACUGUUUAUUCACACCAGCAGCUUAUAGAUGCACAAUUCAACUUUCAGAAUGCAGACUUGUCUAGAGCUGUGUCAUUACAGCAGCUGACAUAUGGAAAUGUCAGUCCAAUACAGACCUCAGCUUCCCCAUUAUUUCGAGGAAGGAAGAGAUUAAGCGAUGAAAAAAACCUUCCUCUUGACGGUAAACGGCAACGUUUCCAUUCACCCCACCAAGAGCCAACUGUAGUUAACCAGAUUGUGCCUUUAUCAGGUGAACGAAGAUACUCAAUGCCACCAUUGUUUCAUACACAUUAUGUACCAGAUAUAGUCAGAUGUGUUCCACCUUUUCGAGAAAUUCCAUUUUUAGAACCUAGAGAAAUCACACUGCCUGAGGCCAAAGAUAAGUUGAGUCAGCAGAUACUGGAGUUAUUUGAAACAUGUCAGCAGCAAAUAAGUGAUUUAAAGAAGAAAGAACUCUGUCGAACACAGCUGCAGAGAGAAAUUCAGCUGUUAUUUCCACAAAGCAGACUUUUUUUGGUUGGGUCCUCUUUAAAUGGAUUUGGUACCCGGAGCAGUGAUGGUGAUUUAUGCCUAGUUGUUAAGGAAGAACCAUGUUUUUUUCAGGUAAAUCAGAAGACUGAAGCACGGCAUAUACUCACCUUAGUCCAUAAACACUUCUGUACUAGACUUUGUAAGUCUGACAUGCCUCAAGUUUGUAUGUCACCUGACAUAACUUUACUUAAAAUGCCUCUUACAUUAUCUUCUGCGGGCUACAUUGAGAGACCUCAGCUGAUUCGAGCAAAAGUGCCAAUUGUGAAGUUCAAGGAUAAAGUCAGUUGUGUGGAGUUUGACUUGAAUGUAAACAAUAUUGUUGGAAUAAGAAACACAUUCCUUCUCAGAACUUAUGCAUACCUUGAAAAUCGAGUUCGUCCGUUAGUGCUGGUGAUUAAGAAGUGGGCAAGUCACCAUCAGAUAAAUGAUGCCAGUCGUGGUACUUUAAGCAGCUAUAGUCUUGUAUUGAUGGUUUUGCACUAUUUACAAACCCUACCUGAACCCAUCCUUCCAUCCCUCCAAAAAAUUUACCCAGAGUCUUUUAGUCCUGCUAUACAGCUGCACCUUGUACAUCAAGCUCCAUGUAAUGUUCCUCCUUACCUCUCAAAGAAUGAAUCAAACCUUGGGGACCUCUUACUGGGCUUUCUUAAAUAUUAUGCUACAGAAUUUGACUGGAAUAGUCAAAUGAUUUCAGUUCGUGAAGCCAAAGCCAUUCCGAGGCCUGAUGGUAUUGAAUGGAGAAAUAAAUACAUCUGUGUAGAAGAACCUUUUGAUGGAACAAAUACAGCCAGAGCAGUGCACGAAAAGCAGAAAUUUGAUAUGAUCAAGGAUCAAUUUUUAAAGUCAUGGCACAGAUUGAAAAACAAGAGAGAUUUGAACAGUAUACUACCUGUAAGAGUUGCUGUCCUGAAAAGAUAACUGGCCUCUAUUUCUUAAUAAAUUCUUCCAAGAAAUAAAGAACAAUAGUUUCAUCAUAAUACAUUAUGUUUACCUCCAUCAUAGUUGCUUUUUUCAUAGUUCUUGUUUUCAUGUUUUAUUUUUUAAAAGACAUAUAAAGAUUGCAUAUUUUAUUAUGACAUUUCCUAAUAAAACCCUUUGAUUUAAAAAUGUAUUUUUGAAAAUGUUUACAUUGAUGAUGAGUAAUAUUGCAUGCGUUUUCAGGUGAUCAGAUAAAAUAUAUUUUGGGAAAUUAACUGAACAAAUAAAAAGUUUUUGAUAUAACUUCAAUUAAUUGUACCACAUGCUAAUCCUGAAGAGAUGUGUAGAAUUUUGGAAAGGGUCUAAUUCAUACAUGCUUAAAGUAUAACCUACGUUAGAUAGUUUGUUGUCAAAGUCUGUUCUAGUAAAGUGAAGAUUCAAGUCAGUUGUUCAGUUACUUGAAGCAAAACGAAAUCUUUCAUUACAGUCAAAUCACUGCAGUCAUGAAAUACUGAACAAUUGCCUUAAGUCUUUGCUUGACUCACUGGGAUAGACUGAGGCUUUGCGUGUGUCUGUAUUAGCAUUUCAUUAGUACUUCACAUGCUUUUGAUGUACUCUUGAGAUUGCUUUAAAUUUUGUAUUGAAACAACAAUACAUUUUGCACUGUAGUAACAGGAGCACUAACUCAUAACAGUUAGUGAAUUGUUUUAAAGAAUCAGUUCAGUGUAGACAUUUUGAAAAGAUUGUUUCCUGUGCUUUAUGAUAGCUUAGUGCAAUGUGCACUUCUGUUUUACUUGCCAUUUUCCUGCUCUGUUUUCUCUGUGACAUGAAGCAGCAGAAACUGAGAUCAAAAUUAAGAUUAUAUCCUGUUUGUAGUAUCAGAUAUUUUUCUGUGUACAAUUAUAGGAUUGUAAUCUAAACUGGAAUUUUUAGGCAGUAAGCCACUACAAAAUGUUUUAGAUAAGACACAAUAAAAUUAUUAUAAAUAAAAGCUUAAUGUUUGUAAAAAAUCUCUUUUUUAGUAUUUCUUUUUUCACAUGAAAGAAGUGGUGGCUGCUAAAAAAAAAAAGCUACAGUGUUUAUUAAGGUUCUUUUUGAUUUAUGUAAGUAUUUGUAAAUUGGUCAGUGCCUGUAAAUUUAAAUAUAAAAAGUAAUCUUGAAAACAGUUUUAACUUUUUCAAAAGGACUAUGUCCAACAUUUUUUAGACCUGCUGUAGUACAGUUUGUACCUCUAACGUAUUUUUUUUUGCAGACCAAAUGCUAAAACUUUUGCUUUUCUUUGCCUUGUAAAAGGUGCACAUUUUCAUUUUCUUCUUUAAGUUCAAAUUUUUGUAUGAUGUCAAAUGCAAUAAAAUUUAUAUAUGGACAUUGUU